CAGUCGCAGCCAGGUUGGUGUGGCUGGUUGUGGUGUGUUUGGUGUGAUGGGUGGUGGCACAGGUGGGCGUGCUGCGCCGGGUGCGGGUGUGCGGGGCCAGCAGCCGCCUCCAGCUGCAGCCGGGACCGCGGUCCCGGUCGCCCCGGCACCGGCACCGCACUACCGCCGCACCGCUGCCCCGCGUCCCCCUGUUGGAUGCAGCAGCAAUGCCUCGCAGCAGGCGUCAGGUGCUUCCUCGCAGCCACCCGAGCGGCUGCAGCAGCAACAGGCGCAGCAGCAGCAGCAGACCGCAGCCGGCAGUAGCAGCAGCGCCCGCGUCGCGACCGGCAGCGGGCUGGUUGAGCUGCGUUUCGUUUCAAGCAGCCCGGCCACUGCGGAGAGCGAAGCCAGCAGCGCUCAGCCGCAGACGGGCGGCAAAGCCCUGUUCGCGGACCGCGUGCUGCUGUGGCACGCGUCGCCGUCCUUUGCCCGCUGCAUCGAUGAGGCGAUGGUGAAAGGUAGUGGUGGCGCCAGCAAGCAAAUUGUGAUCCCAAUGCCGGCGAGCGAGGAGGCCGCGGUGUGGGAGCCUGUGCUCCGGCUGCUGCGGCAAGAGGACCUGCUGCCAGUAACCUGGGCCAACCUGCCGGACCUGCUGCGGGUCGCCCACGCCUACGACAUGGCCGCGGUGCGCUCCGCCUGUGUGGUUUUCAUCUCGCUGCACGUCAGCCAGGUAUCGCUGCGGGACGCACCGCUGGAGUCCGCGCAGAACGUGCUGCACCUCGCGUCCCUGGCCAACAGGUACCUCCACAUGGAAAUCGUUCUUCCCACCAGCGGCAGCGGUGGUGGCGGUGGCACUGGUGUCAGCAGCAGCAGCAAAGGAGGCGCCUCUGCAGCUUUCAGAGCCUCUAGCACUGCCAGUGCUGCUGCCGGCACGCACUGUGUCGGCUUGGAGCCGCAGCUGCUGCCCCUCGUGGCGUGCAUACCGGCGGCGAUGCAGACCGCCCUGGCGCCGCUGCAAAUUACAUCAUAUUACUCAUCAUCGCCUAAUCACUGGCUGCCGGUGGUUGACCGGCUGGCGGAAAUCUCCCGGCACCGCGAGUACAAUGCGAUUGUGACCGAGUCCGUGCGGGCUGCGCUGUUGGCGGCCCUGCUGGCGGGCGUCAAGGGCGAGACGCCCUUCAUCAUCAAUCGAUGACGAUGGGGUCCGCCAUGCAGAUCGUGCGGCAACCCCUCUGGUUGAUUGUUACACCGUACAGUAUCCAGUGGCCAUGCCAUCUGAGCCUCCCCUGAUCUACACCGUAGAGGGACUGCCCGAGCUUUCCUGGGUAGCUUCUGCAUACGUACACGUUUUGGCGCGGACGUGUAUGUGUUUGGGGUGGUGACGUGGUGGCGGUGUGUGUGCGCGUGGUUGCCCGCUACGCCGCUAGGAAGCCCUGCCGGGCAGAGACGGUACGGAAGGAAGGGUCACCUAUGCUGUGGGGGUGCCGCGGGCCUCUAGGCAUUGCCAGGUAGGGCAUGCGGCAUAAGUACAAGUGGUACGAUGGACUUGAUUGCAUGGGAUGAGGUGUUGCAGUUUGCAGUUGCUGACAUUAAGUGUGAGGCUGGCGCGGUCCUGAGCUGCUUGCUCGAGUGUGUUGGCGCGUGCUUUUGCUUGCUGCCAUGCAAUUCAUGGCGCACCCAUGGAAUGUCCACG